AUGAGAUUUGCAAGUUUGGGUACGGCAUUUUUGGGAGGACUUUCGUUCGCGCUGGGCCAUCGAAACGAUCUGGAAGAUCCCGAUGAGGAGUUGUCCCACUAUAUGGGACCUGAAGAAGCUGCUAGGGUGGCCCGAGGAAUGGCAGCCUUUGAACGUACUCUUCACGCUAACACCAUUGACCGUUAUUCAGGCUCUCCAGUUUCGUUCAUCGAAUACUUUGUAGGGUCAGACGCUUGCCACGGCUUUGAGACCUCCAACAAUGGCAGCAUCAUUUUGCUGCUUCUUAACAUGAGCUCAACGUUCCAGAACUGGCAAAACGACUCCAAGUUCUCGGUGUCGAUCGAGGGAACGAGACAUUGGGAAAUGCACAAGCCUGCAAUGGCCUCACCACGGGCCAAUUAUUUCGGAGAACUGAAGGCUCUGGAGCCAUCCAAAGCUCUAGAACACUGUUUUUUGAAACGCCAUCCCGACGCCCGCUGGUGGAUUCCUGGCGGGAAACAUGACCAGGUCCACGACGGCCAAUGGUUUGAAUUCGACGUCAGCGAAGUGCACUUUAUCGGCGGAUUUGGGAACUCUGCGUAUAUCGGGCCUAUCAGCGGUGAGGACUACCAUGGAGCCUUCAACCAUUCGGCUCCCCGUCAUCCGCCACACCAUCCGCCCCACAGCUCAUUGGAAGAAGAACUAGAAGACAGUGGAAACCCCGAAAAGUUUGAAUUUACCCACCACGGGCCUGAGGGGCGUAAAAUUCUAUCACCAAGCUUUCUAGAUCACGAUGAGGCCUACUUCCAAGCUACUGACGAUACCAAGGAGCUUCCUAUCAACGCAGAAGAUGAUCACACUGAUACGUCGCGCAAGAUGCACAACAGGAAGAAAACGAAUCCAAGAAAGAAAUGCGGCUCCAUGAAAAUAGCCUUGGACUUCUCGCCCUAG